GCGCCACGUCUCCAAAUUGGCGGAUAAACAUACUCCCUCCCUUCUCUAGCCGUUCCUUUUACAGUAUUUCCCUGCAAUUUUCUGGGCUUAACAAUUUUUCAAAUGUUCUUCUUCUGCAACACCUUCUUCAUCAACAUUAUCUAAAUUUAUCUCAACUAUGGAAAAACUUUCUCUCUCUUCAACGCCAACUCCAUCGUUUUCUCGCCCCUUUCUCUCUCCUCUUCUACCCUCUACUAAAAGGGUGUCCUUUACUCUUACUAACCCUAAGAAAUUCUCAGUUUCUGCCUCUAAAAAUGACCCUAUUGAUGAUAAUAAGCUCAAUCAAUGGGACCUUAUGGAGCUUAAAUUUGGAAAAAUGUUGGGAGAAGACCCUAAACUUACCUUAGCUAAGAUAAAGGGAAGAAAAUUAAACCCGGAUGCAUCUUAUGUCGAUAUUGAGAAGGAUUUUUAUAGAAACAAGGGGAAAAUAGUGGAAGUGAAAGAGGUUCCAUUUGAUGUGCCAGAGAAGCUUGGGUCGAAAAAAGUUUCGACUGGGUUGAAUUUGGUGAAACCGGUUCCAAAGAAAGGGAUUGUUGUAGGGGGUGGUGAGGAUAAUUCUAAUUUGCCUGAGAUAAAGAGGCCUAGUGAGUCCAUUAGAAAUAAGACGAUUAGUGAGGAUAAUUCUAAUUUACCUGAGGUAAAGAGGCCAGGUGGGUCGAUUAGAAAUACGACGAGUAGUGUUAGUAAGUCUAAUGUUCCGAAUGUUAUAUUACGAAAACCGAGUGUGUAUAAUGAGGAAGACGAUGAAAUUUAUAGUUCAUCGAGGUUGAAGAUUAAGCCGAAUUUGACAUUGUCAAUGAGGACAGAACCAGUGAGGGAGAAUUUUAGUGGGAUGACAUUGUUAAAGAAGCCUAACAUGAGAGAGGCGAAUGAGGAUGAUGGUAUAAAUGAAAGCAGUUCAAGAGAUGGAUCAUUGUAUGGUGGACUACUGAACAAACCAGCAAAUAAAUUUGAGUCUAAUAUGGAUGAUGAAGGUCAAAGCUUGACUAGAUUUGGUGAAGAAAUGCUGUUGGAGAAACCCCAAGCCAUGGUGCCCCAGGGCACUGAAGGGAUUGGAAGCAAUUCUAUGCCUAAUGGAAUGGAUGACAUGCUAGAGGUUUAUACUGAAACGUUUCUAGAAUUUGGAGGCGAAUUGAUUUCAAAGCAAGAUGGACCGGGAGAGAUCUCCCCGACAGGAAUGCAGAACCUUGAGCAGACUGAUGCUGGGAAUUCAGGAAAUGGAGACGGGGUGAGUAAAUCCUCAGGUGUAACAGAGACUGCCUCUCAGUUCUUUGUUGAUUCUGCUCUCCGGGGAAAACCAAAAAGAUUAGACCAAUCUGUAAAAGAAACAUCAUCCUACCCAAUUCAAGAGAGUACGGUUCAUGCAUAUCCUGAAAGGUUCGAUGGUAAAGGUGUCCAGGAAGAAUUGUCUCAGCCACAGCCUCUGAAGGAAACUGAAGAGACUGCUUGGACACAAUUGGAGCAUCAUUUUAAUCUUGGAGAUAAGGUGGAUGUGGAAUUAAUUAAUUGCAGUCCAAGAGGAUUUGUGGUAUCCUAUGUGUCGUUAAUAGGAUUUUUGCCAUACCGAAACCUGGCAGCAAAGUGGAAGUUCUUAGCUUUUGAGUCAUGGUUGAGAAGAAAUGGUUUAGAUCCGUCCAAGUACAGGCAACAUUUAGGUAUUAUAGGAAAUGAUGAUGUUUAUAAAAAGAGCAGUUCUCUUGAGUCCUCACCAGUUCAAGAAGCCAGUCAUAAAGAAAAAGAAAAACCUGAAAUUACUGCUGAUAUGGAACUGGAAGAUCUUUUGAAAAUAUAUGACCAAGAGAAGAUCCACUAUUUAUCAUCAUAUAUUGGUCAGCAUAUCAGAGUGAAUGUCAUGUUGGCUGAUAGGAAGUCCAGGAAGCUUAUAUUUUCUAUGAGGCCAAAGGAAAAGGAAGAAACAGUUGAGAAAAAAAGAAGCCUCAUGGCAAAGCUUAGCGUAGGAGAUGUUGUGAAAUGCUGCAUAAAGAAGAUAACUUAUUUUGGUAUCUUUGUUGAGGUUGAAGGAGUACCUGCUUUAAUACAUCAGACAGAAGUAACAUGGGAUGGCACACUAGACCCUGCAUCAUACCUUAAGAUUGGCCAGAUUGUGGAGGCUAAAGUUUUUCAGUUAGAUUUUCAACUCGAGCGCAUUUUCUUGUCCCUAAAGGAGAUAACACCGGAUCCACUAAAUGAGGCAUUAGAAUGCAUUGUUGGAAACAACGGCUGCAGUGGGGGAUCAAAUGCUGCAGAAAUUGACUCAGAGUGGGCUGAGGUGGAUUUACUUUUUAAAGAACUGCAAGCAAUUGAUGGUGUUCAGAAAGUCACUAAGGGCCGGUAUUUCUUGAGUCCUGGUUUAGCUCCCACGUUUCAGGUUUAUAUGGCAUCUAUGUUCGAAAACGAGUACAAGCUACUAGCUCGAUCUGGAAACAAAGUACAGGAGUUAAUGGUUCAAGCAUCACUGGAUAAAGAAGAGAUGAAAUCGGCGAUUCUCAAUUGCACAAACAGAGUUGAGCUAUGAUUUUGAUCAACCUCUACCUCCAAUAUGUACAUUCUCUCCUUCCACAAAUUGGCGAUUCUUAAUGCUUUCAUCUUUUCUCUUGAUUUGGGGCUCCCUAACCUUUGUUUAUUUGUUGAUUGUAAUUUCUUAGUUGGGAUUGGGAUAUUUUGGUUCUUAUACUAUCCUACGAGGACAUGCUAUAGGAUCUUAUAUUACCUGUAAGGCUGUACCAAUUAUACGAACAAUACCAAUCAGCAGAAAUUAUCAUCCAUUUAAAUUAUAUUCAGUAAUCACGAAUGUAAAUAAAGAGUGUUUGUUAUAUAGUUUUUUUUUUUUA